AUGGGGACUGAAAAUUCUAACCGUCCAAAUUUCCCGUUUAGACCAGCUGUAACACGCUUUGCUACUCCUCGAAGUACAACUCCUUUUACAUCAUCUGGUUCAAUAGUUGGAUCAGAAGCCUCUGCCUUUAGGCCUGCCCCUCCCACUGCAUCUCAAUUUCCGACACCUCCCAUCUCAUCUGGGUCUUUGGUAGGAUUAGAGCACCCUAGCUUUGGACCUCCGCUACCAGAUAGGUCCAAUGAUCCAGUCAGGCCAUCAUCUUUACCACCAUCAUAUGGCCUGCCAACAGCAGGACCUUUCCAGCGUUUCCAAACCCCACAGUUCCCCUCGGCAGUUCAAGUACCACCAGGUCCACCUACGCUCACAUCUCUUGUGGGCCAGCCAGUUGCACCCCCACCAAGUAGACCUCCUGGAGGUCCUAUUUCAUCUUCUCCUGUAUCUCUUCUUCCUCAAUCCCAACUGCCUUCAAUACCAAUGGGAUCUCCUCCUCAAAGCAUGGAAGUUGGACAGUCAUACACAAAUGUUUCUCCUCCAUCUAAAGAUUCAAUCUUCUACCCACCCAGGCCACAUCUUCAAUCAUCAUUACCACUGCCACCUCCAAUGGGGCCAUCUUACAUGGCUGCCAGAGGAAACUUCCAGCCACCUGUUCCAGGGCACCCUAAUACACAAUCAGAUUCUGCUAUUUAUGCUCCACCUGUGCAGGCUGUCCCAUUGUCUUCACAGCAAGGAGGCUAUGGUCCUGCUGCAUCACUGGCACCAUUUUCCUCUCCACAAAGAGGUUAUGUGCCGACUUCACCUGUUGUAACUCCAGCAGGGCUCUAUUCUAGGGACCAGAUGCAGCAUACUGUCAUUGCACCUCCAAUGGGUGUUUCACAGGGUUUGGCUGAAGACUUUAGUUCACUCUCUCUUGGAUCGGUACCAGGAUCUUUUGAUACAGGACUUGAUCCUGAAACAUUGCCCAGGCCAUUGGCUGGUGAUGUGGAGCCAAAUUCUUUGGCUGCAAUGUACCCCAUGAAUUGUAGUUCUCGAUAUAUACGCCUCACAACAUGUGGCAUACCAAAUUCUCAGUCCUUGGCAUCAAGGUGGCAUUUGCCUCUUGGAGCUGUUGUUUGUCCUCUUGCAGAAGCUCCUGAUGGGGAAGAAGUUCCGAUAGUUAAUUUUGCUACAACUGGCAUCAUUCGUUGUAGAAGGUGCCGCACAUAUGUAAAUCCAUAUGUCACAUUUACUGAUAGUGGAAGAAAGUGGAGGUGCAACAUAUGUUCAUUGCUUAAUGAUGUUCCUGGUGAUUAUUUCGCACAUUUGGAUGCCAGUGGCAGAAGAGUUGAUUUGGAUGAACGACCUGAGCUUACCAAGGGUAGCGUUGAGUUGAUUGCUCCAGCUGAAUACAUGGUUCGGCCUCCAAUGCCACCACUGUACUUUUUCCUCAUUGACGUAUCAAUAUCUGCAGUUAAAAGUGGAAUGCUUGAGGUAGUAGCACAGACUAUCAAGUCUUGUUUGGAUAAAUUGCCUGGUUUUCCCCGUACGCAGAUUGGGUUCAUAACUUAUGACAGCACAAUACAUUUCUAUAAUAUGAAGUCAUCUUUAAUGCAGCCUCAGAUGAUGGUCAUCUCAGAUUUGGAUGACAUAUUUGUUCCAUUGCCAGACGAUCUUCUCGUCAACUUGUCAGAAUCUAGAAAUGUGGUGGAUGCAUUCCUUGAUAGCUUUCCCUCCAUGUUCCAGGAUAACAUGAAUGUGGAAUCUGCGUUUGGUCCAGCUCUUAAAGCUGCAUUCAUGGUUAUGGGGCAACUUGGUGGUAAGUUGUUGAUUUUCCAGAAUACAUUGCCAUCACUGGGCGCUGGCCGUCUACGACUGCGAGAUGAUGCUCGCAUUUAUGGAACAGAUAGAGAGCAUACACUAAGAAUACCAGAAGAUCCGUUUUAUAAACAGAUGGCUGCUGAUUUCACAAAGUAUCAGGUUGCGGUGAAUGUAUAUGCAUUCAGUGACAAGUACACCGAUAUAGCAUCCUUAGGGCCAAAGGCCCUGAGUUGUGAUCAUUGA